AUGGCGAGCGCUGGGUCUCUUUGGGCCCUCUGGCUUUUCCUUGGCUUCUCGUCCUUCUUCUUCCAGGGAGCUGGCGCAUCGGUCUGCCCAGACGGGGCACCUGAAGCACCCGAAGCCUGCACCAAUCAUGAUUACAGCUGCAUUUCCGGACGAGCUGCCGAUCCGUGUGAAUGUCUCGAGGGCUUCUAUCCUGUCGGGAAGCAGGGGUGGUAUCCGAGCACGCAGCGCGGCUACGAGUUCGCUUGCUGUCCAGGUCAAGGAGAUGGCGGCAGCUGCGGGGAAGAAGGGAUAGUGGUGAUCCUGUCCUUCUCUCUGGUGGGAGCCGGCAUCAUUGGAUUUGCAGUCUGCAAUGCCCUCAUCAAGUUUCCGAGAGGUCUGGAGCCCUUGAAGCGUGAAGACUUGGCCCUGAAAGCGAAUCCCAUCGUGCAUGACGGGUGGAAGCUUCAUCAAACAGUGGAACAGCAUCUCUGGUGCGUGACACUUGAUGACCUGAAGCAGUUUCGCCGCCUUGUGGGCCAUGCCAUCGCAGAAGGAGUGAUCAAGCCCACUAGCCAGGAUCCCUUUGACACCACCGACAUGCUCAUCGGCCCUUCCAUGUACACGGUCAACAUGCAAUUCAUCAAGCCGAUGACUUCCGCCGCUGGCAACCCAUCCUGGGCAUUGAUGAAGCACCCCAAGGGUCUGAAGUGCGACCUCUUCAUCACACAUGGUUGGGCCGAGGGCAUCUUCGAGUUCGUGGACCAGGUGGUGAAUUCCUGGCCCUUCGGCGCGAAAGCUGCGUAUGUCUGCUUCCUGUCCAAUCCGCAGAAUCUGGACAUUGGUGAGAUGAUCGAGAGCCCAGAGGGUUCCCCUUUCGCCAAGGCUUUGCAAUCGGCCACGCAGGUGCUAGCAGCUCCAAAUCAUCGGGGGAGUAUUUACACGCGAGCAUGGUGCGUAUUCGAAGCCUACCUGGCCUACAGCUGGCAAAAGUCGAUCUACACGGCCGCUUCUCUGCCGCCGAAGUUUUGGCGAAAAACACUGAGGGCCAUGAGCUGGUCGGUGCUGAUGUUGGGCUUGUCCUUCUCCAUGGUGAUGGUCGGAAACAGGGAGUGGAGAGUGGUUAGCGCAGAUGCGACGACUUGGAUAUCAUUCAUCAUGGCAGGCUUCACUUGUGUCAGCAUCGUCGCGUUUUCUGUCUUGAUGUGGAAAACGAAGUACGAUUGGAAGUUGACGCGAAAUACACUGUACGCUGUCCAUGCAUUCGCGGCCUGCCUCCUUGCACUGACCACUUUCCAGCAAUCUUUCCAACGGCCCCCGAACUUUGUCACUGCUGUGGGACUUCCAAUUAUUGCCUGGGCCAUGGAGUGCGAUCGAUUGCUGGGUGUCGAGGCCGUCAAGCAAUCCAGCUAUUUGCGACGAGGUUUCACCGGCAAGGUUCGAGAUGCCUCAACCUCAAACCCAGCAGACGGUGAGCGUAUCCGAAGCAUCAUCUCUGAAAGUGGAGCCGAGGCGGCCGUCGACGAGGCCGUUCAGGUUCUCCUUCGGAUGAACCUCUCAACAAAGGAACUUCGAGCUGCAACCGCGCGGGUGGGACCACUUGGGGAUGCUUCAAGCUGGAGCCGUGGACUCUACGCGGUUACCAUGGUCUUCUGGGUGGCGCAGUCUUUCAACACGAUGCUCUGGCGGGUCGAGCCUGGAUUUCGCUGGAUACCUGUGGUUGCCGCAGUGCAGGCAGUUAUCGCUGCCUGUGGCUUGUUUCUCCUGCCACGGGACCGAAGACCAUUCGCACAGAGGUCGGUGGCACUCUUCAUGGCUUUCCUUCCGAAGUUUGUUCCAGGAAUACCAGCAGGUGGCAAGUGGGGCGAUGCGAUUCUACAUGGAAUUGCAAUCCCCUUGCUCAUUCUGAUGGCCUUCGCUGGACCCACUCGCACGGCACGGCUUCCUCUCUUUGGUCCCAUGCUGGUUCGACUCCUUUUUGGGCAACAUCCCUUCAGGUGCCAAAAGGUCCAAGCCGACCCUGCUGAGAGCGUGCAGCUGCAGAGCUGGGGUUUGGGAAAGCCAG